AUGCGUUACAAUCUGCUCCUUACAUCGUCGGUGCUCUUCUCCUCUGUCCUGGCUACAUGGGGCGGCGGAAACCAGGGGAGUUGGGAGGAUUGCACAGAAAAUGAAUCGUCUCUCAAAAAACGUACUUGGGAUUUCUAUCCCUCGAAUGGCGACGGCGACAGCGACUGUACAACCAAGGCCGAAAAACCUCACACGAAGACAAAGGUCUGGCCCUGCCCCAGCGAGGCGCCGCAGCCGAAACACACAACCGAGGAAGCACCUCCGUACCCGACCCAAGAGACGACACCGAGCAGCGAGCAGCCUACCUCGUAUGCUGCUGUACCGAUGCCUUCUGUGCCCGCACCCAACCCAUCUGUGCCCGCACCAAACUCAAUCAUCACCGUCACCGAAACAGAAACAGAAACAGCACCUUGCUCCUGUCUAGAGACCCUCCCGGUCUUCACCACAGCCGCUCCCACGAUUCCAGUCGUGACACCAGGCAUCCCAACCUAUUUCUCGACGCACCAGCCUUCCAACACAUCGUAUCCAACCGCGUCAAGCGCGCCAAACGCGACGUCGCCCCGGAGACCAGCCUUCACGGGAGAUGCUACGGCCACCAUGGCCAGUCGCCUCUCGUUUCUGGUGUUGGCUGGGGCAGCUGGGCUGAUUGUGCUUCUGUUGUAA